GGUCUCAGGCUCCCAGGCGGAGCGACAGGUCUCAGGCCCCCAGGCGGAGCGGCGGGCGCCGGACCCCCACGCGGAGCGGCGGGCGCCAGACCCCCAGGCGGAGCGGCGGGCGCCGGACCCCCAGGCGGAGCGACAGGUCUCGGGCCCCCAGGCGGAGCGGCGGGCACCGAGUCACCAGGCACGACAGUGGGCACCGAGUCGUCUGGCAAGCACCGAGUCGUCGCGACCGCGGGCACCGAGUCAACUGGCGGAACAGCGGGCAUCGAGUCAACAGGCGGAACAGCGGGCACCGAGUCGUCUGGCAAGACUGCGGGCACCGAGUCGUCUGGCAAGACUGCGGGCACCGAGUCGUCUGGCAAGACUGCGGGCACCGAGUCGUCUGGCAAGACUGAGGGCACUGAGUCGUCUGGCAAGACUGCGGGCACCAAGUCGUCUGGCAAGACUGCGGGCACCGAGUCGUCUGGCAAGACUGCGGGCACCGAUUCAUCUGGCAUUGGAUCGUCUGGCUCGACAGCGGGCAUCGGGUCACCAGGCAUCAGAUCAUUUGGCUCGCCAGCGGGCACCGCGUCAUCUGGCAAGGCAGUGGGCACCGAGUCACCAGGUACGACAGCGGGCUCUGAGUCAAUUGGCACGACAGCGGGCACCGGAUCAGAUAUCGGAUCAUCUGGAUCAACAGCGGGCAUCGAGUCAACUGGC